CUGGUGUUGGAUCACCGAUGUGAUAAGUUACGUCGAGGGCAAGCUCAAAGUACAUCGCACUGAAGUCACUCCCUACCUCAUGACAAACCUCCCCUAUAGUGUCAUUUCGCUGACGUGACGUCACACACCGACACUCCCUUUCCCCCAGUAGAGGGAGAAAGAUGGCGCCCACACACGUACUGAGAUGCUGUCAACGGGGUCUAGCAUGGAUACCUGUGAUUUUUAUCGCCCUGGUCGUCUGCUGGUCGUAUUACGCUUACGUGGUGGAGCUUUGUAUAUUCACCAUCCCCAGUAUAGGAGAGCAGAUUGUCUACCUGAUCUUCUUUCACCUCUCUUUCGUCAUGUUUGUAUGGUCUUACUGGAAGACCAUCUUCACCCAACCUGCCAACCCCUCCAAAGAGUUCUGCCUGCCAAAGGCUGAAAAGGAGCGUUAUGAGAAGGAAGAGAGACCAGAGUCUCAGCAAGAGAUCCUAUGGAGAGCUGCUACCAGUCUGCCUCUGUACACCCGUACAGGAGCCGGAGCAAUCCGUUACUGUGACCGCUGUCAAGUCAUCAAGCCAGACAGGUGUCAUCACUGCUCCGCGUGUGACAUGUGUGUCUUGAAGAUGGACCACCAUUGUCCGUGGGUGAACAACUGCGUCGGUUUCUCCAACUACAAGUUUUUCAUCCUCUUCCUGGCCUACUCGCUGGUGUACUGUUUGUUCAUUGCAGCCACCGUACUGCAGUAUUUCAUAAAGUUCUGGACACUUUGCCGGAGGAAAUCGGCAGAGAACUGCCCAAAGAAUGAGCUGCCAGACACUCACGCCAAAUUCCAUGUCUUGUUUCUCUUUUUUGUGGCGGCCAUGUUCUGCAUCAGUAUUUUGUCCCUCUUCAGCUACCACCUGUGGCUUGUAGGAAAGAACAGGUCCACUAUAGAGGCUUUUAGAGCACCUGUAUUUAGGACAGGAUCUGAUAAGAAUGGCUUCUCUCUGGGAUUCCGGAAGAAUAUCGCUCAGGUGUUUGGAGACCAGAAGAAGUACUGGCUGCUGCCAGUCUUCACCAGUCAGGGAGACGGUCUCACGUUUCCUGCGCGGCUGGUCAACGCUGAUGUAGAGCAAGCCACAGUCAACCUGCAUCCUGAGCCUGAUAAAAGUGCUGCUGAAGUUCCAGAGAGCCCCCUCAGUGACUCACAGAACCGCCUCCUGAGCAACGACCAGCAUGCCAACAAUGUCGGAGACCAUCUGGCUAACAACACCCUCAAAUCAGCUGAAAGUGGAACCAUCACAAUCUCCAUGGAGAGCGAGUCUUAACCAGGAGAAACUCCUGACGUCUAAUACGAUGCCUUAAGAAACGCAACAGUUUAGUGUGUCCCCAUGGCAACAGUCAGACCCUUCAGAGUAACUAUGGAAAUGCAUUUCCCAUCCGUGGUGUUGGCAUUUUUUUCGCAUGCAGUAUCAUUAGCAAACCUCACACCUACCUACCCCCACAGGACAUGUGAUCAAGGCUGGUUCCCCCUUACACACAUACACACACACACACACACACACACACACACACAUGCUAACACUUAAUUAUAAACAUAUUUUCUUGUGUUAUCUUUUUUUCACAAAGCUGGAGCGUUUAUUGCUGAUUAGAAUAUUGAAGAAUCCUGGAGGAAUAUGAUCUCUUUUUGGUGUUUAAUGUGCCAAAAGCAUAAUUUUCCCGGCACACAGCUGCAGUGAAGAGUGGGGGACAAGCUGGAGCAUUUUUGUUUGUUUGUUUUGAAUAUUAUUCUCCUAUUUUCAAAAAGAAAGGCAGAACAUCCUGAGAAAAUGGCUUUGCCUACUACCUGCGUGACUUGUUAUGUUUUUCGUUUUUUAACUCAUAAUGUUGGAGCAUAUCCUCGGUCGGCAACGUUUUUGAGAUGGAUUUCCCCCGUCAGAACGUGGACUGUCAUACAGAGGACUCUACCGCAGGGAAGACUGUAGCUGGGUUCGGGACGUUUUUGGAGAUCAGAGCACAAGAUGGCACAUUUGCACUUUGUCGAUUAUCAAUGUCCAUCAAACAACGUGCUGCUGCUUCUUCUUUUCUUUUUUUAAAAAGUCAUGUCCAAAUGUAUUGCAGAUGUAACAGAUGUUGGAUGAGCAUGUGA